UUUCGUGUAAAAAAUUUAUGUGUGUUACGCAAACUGCCAUACAAAGGUUGUUGCCGGCAAUACAAUGCAAUUCAAUUAAACAGCGCACUGCUCUUAAAAUGGAAGCCAAAAUCUCCAGCGGCUGCUGCUGCUGUUGCAACAACAGCUGAUCUUUGGCAUUGCAGAAGUGGGACGCAACAACAACAACGUAGUAUUUACACCACGAGUCGACUGUAUGCCAAGGAUUACUAUACAACGCUAGGCGUGGCCAAGAAUGCAAGUGGCAAGGACAUCAAAAAGGCAUACUAUCAGCUUGCCAAGAAAUAUCACCCGGACACAAACAAGGAUGAUCCCGAUGCCGCAAAAAAGUUCCAAGAAGUCAGCGAAGCUUACGAGGUGCUCAGUGAUGAUCAAAAGCGCCGGGAAUACGACACCUAUGGCCAGACAACGGAGAACAUGCAUCGUCAGGGUGGCGGUGGAUUUGGAGGCGCAGCUGGCGGCGGACCCUUUGGACCGGAAGGCUUCUCACAGAACUGGCAAUUCCGCUCGACCAUCGAUCCCGAGGAGCUGUUCCGUAAGAUCUUUGGCGAGGGAAAUUUCCGCAGCAAUAAUUUCGAUGACUUUGCCGAUUCCAAGUUUGGCUUUGGCCAGGCCCAAGAACUUGUCAUGGAUCUAAGCUUUGCGCAGGCGGCGCGUGGCGUCAACAAGGAUGUGAACAUCAAUGUGGUCGAUCAAUGUCCCAAGUGUGCUGGCUCCAAGUGCGAGCCGGGCACCAAACCGGGUCGAUGCCAAUACUGCAAUGGCACCGGCUUCGAAACCAUCUCCACAGGCCCCUUUGUAAUGCGUUCCACCUGUCGCUACUGUCAGGGUACACGGCAAUACAUCAAGUAUCCGUGUGCCGAGUGCGAAGGAAAGGGUAAAACAGUGCAGCGGCGCAAGGUGACGGUGCCCGUUCCCGCUGGCAUCGAGAAUGGACAAACUGUGCGUAUGCAGGUGGGCAGCAAGGAGUUGUUUGUGACGUUCCGAGUGGAGACCAGCGAUUACUUCCGACGCGAUGGAGCCGACGUGCACACAGACACGCCUAUCUCACUGUCGCAGGCGGUGCUCGGAGGCACGGUGCGAGUGCAAGGCGUUUACGAGGAUCAGUGGAUCAACAUCGAGCCAGGCACGUCGUCGCAUCGCAAGAUCGCGUUGCGUGGCAAGGGGCUGAAGCGUGUGAAUGCGCAUGGACAUGGCGAUCACUAUGUGCACAUCAAGAUCGAUAUACCCAAGCGGCUAAGCAAGGAGCAGAAGGCGUUGGUCGAGGCGUAUGCUGAGCUGGAGGAGGAUACGCCGGGACAGAUUCAUGGCAUGGCGCAGCGUAAAGAUGGCACGCAGGUGCGAGUGAAGACACCAAAGGAUCAGCAGGAGCAGCUAACAGCAGCAGUAAAGACACGACCGGGUCCAAAGCCAAAGAGGAGGAAUCGAAAUCAGGACAACAGCAAGGCGAAAGCAGAGACGGUGGCGAAAGCGGAGGCUUCUUGAACAAAAUUAAAUCCAUGUUCAACUAAGUUGAAAUGUGUUAAUUAAUGUUUUUUGUAAACGAUCGAAACCAGGCGUUACAAAUUAUUUUUUGUUAAUUUUGCCUUAAAGUCUUGUGUAAUCUUUGAGGGCUAUUCCAACAAAAUGAAGAAAAAUACACACAAAUACACAAACAAACCAAAUUCACUG